GGAAAUGACGUCAAGGAAAUCGCAGUGCCUAGUCAGAUAAACUCCAAGAGGAGCAAAGAGAAGUGCUUCCUUCGCUUGUGCGACUGAGAGGAAGCGAAGAUGUCGGAACGGAAAGUUCUAAACAAAUACUACCCACCUGACUUCGACCCGUCAAAGAUCCCGAAACUCAAGCUACCCAAGGACCGGCAGUAUGUGGUUCGGCUGAUGGCCCCUUUCAACAUGAGGUGUAAGACAUGUGGAGAAUACAUCUACAAGGGGAAGAAGUUCAAUGCACGCAAGGAAACGGUCCAGAACGAGGCCUACCUGGGCCUGCCCAUCUUCCGCUUCUAUAUCAAGUGCACGCGCUGCUUGGCCGAGAUCACCUUCAAGACAGACCCAGAGAACACGGACUACACUAUGGAGCACGGCGCCACGCGCAACUUCCAGGCCGAGAAGCUCCUGGAGGAGGAGGAGAAGCGUGUGCAGAAGGAGCGGGAGGAUGAGGAGCUGAACAACCCCAUGAAGGUCCUAGAGAACCGCACGAAGGACUCGAAGCUGGAGAUGGAGGUGCUGGAAAACCUGCAGGAGCUGAAGGAGCUGAACCAGCGGCAGGCACAUGUGGACUUCGAGGCCAUGCUGCUGCGGCACCGCCUGUCGCAGGAGCAGCGGAGACAGCAGCAGCAGGAGGAGGAUGAGCGCGAGACUGCGGCCUUGCUGGAGGAGGCUCGCCACCGCAGGCUUCUGGAGGAUUCUGACUCAGAAGAUGAAGCUCCGCCUUCCCGGCCACGGGCAGCAGCAAGACCCAACCCCACAGCCGUCCUGGACGAGGCGCCGAAGGCCAAGAGGAAGGCAGAGGCAGUGGGCAGCAAGGCACAGCUGGCCGGCUUGGUUGUGCCAAAGAAGGUGAAGGCAGAAGCCAAUGGGCACUCAGAGCAGGUCCGGAUGCCCGCUGCAGGUACCCCCGAGAGCGGGAAGGCAGUCAACCUUGCACCCCAGACACCCAGGGCCUCCUCCCUGAGCCAGCUGGGUGCAUAUGGGGACAGCGACGACAGUGACAGCUGAGCCCCCAAGGUGGCAUCACAGAACCAAGAACCCAGAGAUGGGAACAAGGAAGGUACCCUCAGCAAACACCUCAUGACAGUGUCUGCCGUGAAUCCUGCAGGGAUGGAGGACAAUGUCUCUCAGCACCAGGCGCCCCAGGACGGACAGCCUGGUCCACUCCUUCAGUCCUUGAGUUAUGGGGAGCUUGUUGGCCCCAUCCCUUCCUGCCACGGAUCUGAACACUAUCUGACAUGGGGCAGGGUCCCUGGAAACCAUCUCCCAACAAGACCUGGGGCUCCAUCCACAACAUGAUAAUACUGUGUGAGAAAGAAGAUCAGUUGACAACCAUGUGGACCAGCGAGCGACCCUGCCCAAGUGUAUAACCAGGGCUUAACGCUCACCUGGGAUUUUGGCCACACACCCAGCCUGGGCCUGGACCCUCAGCACAUGUCCUUUGCUCACAAUUUAGCCUUGCACUAGUCUGUGUUCUGGUACUGUAAGGAAACUGCCGAGGCUGAAUCUGUUGUUCCAGCACAGUGAGCCUGGUGCAGAGUGGCGGUGGAGAGACCGCACAUGUAGCCCCAACUAGCCUCCACCUCCCCAGUGAACCACCAAGCUGAUCUUAUGCCUGAAAUGUUGGUGUUGGAGUCUGCUUUUCCCUGGAAUUCUUGGCUCUAACCCCCUGAGUCCUCAAACCUCUCCCCUAGACAAGAACAGGGCCCUAUCAGUGGCACCCUGGGGUCUGGUUGGAACCCUCCCCACUCCACCCCCCACCUUGGCUUCCCCAGCUCUGCAGCUGUCAUCAUGUCCUUGGAACUGUCAGGUCUAAUCUGCCAACUCCUCCAUCAGCUUCCUGGGGGCCCCUGGCAACAGGAGCCACCAGGAUAGAAUUGACCCCACCACCUGUCCUGGGCGCUCAGACAUAGCUGGACCAGCGCCCCCAUGGCCCUCUGCCUGCCUGCUGGUCACAAACCUGGCCCCUGUGCUGUGACACAUCAGCUGCAUGGAUGGGGGGGGCGGGGGAUACAAUCGAACCUGCAAGUCCUCUGCCCCAGACUUCAUUGUGCCUCUAGCAGACUGGAGCACUGGGAAGCAGCUGCACCUCCCCCCAGACUGGGGACCUGGAUCAGGGCUGUGCUUCCUCCAUCAGCCUGGGGACCUUGAAAGUCAAUGACUUGCAUCUUCCCCCAGGCUGUGGCCCAGGGAAGCAAGGGUGUACUUCUACCUGACUGGGGACCACUGAGGGCGGGGUCACGCCUCCUCCCUCAGGCUGGUUGCAGUGGGUUGCCUGCCCCACAGCAGACGGGAAGCCUUUCUACAUCACCUUCAGAUGGGAGGCUUCUCAGGGCAAGCCCUGCAUCUGCCAUCAGACUACACAAGACCUGCCUCCCUAGGAGCUGGGGCGUUUUGGUCCCUUAUAUACAUUCCUGGGUUUUGACUUUUUGAGUGGGUCUCCCUCUGUAGACUAAAGGCAUUGGCCAGCAGCCUCACAGACCCACUAUGGACCAAUGUACCUCCCCUCCUGUCCCUGUGCUUUGGCACACUUCUUCCCAGAUUUGAGGGACAGUCAGGGAGGCUCCUGUGUGCUGCUGUGUGAGGGAAGUCACACAGCUCCAUCGCAUGUCACUGACCGACCAGAAUGUCCAGAACAGCUGCUGUAGAGACAGGAUAGAUUCAUGGGGGCUGGCUGUGGCAUGGGGGUGGAAUGUUCUGGAACUAGAGUGCAGCAGGUUACAUGGCUUUUCUAAUAUACUGUGCAACCCA